GAUUUUCAAAGAACAAGCAAAGAUCCAUCUUUUCUACUCGUUGACACUUGGAUUUCCGGCUGGAACGGCAACAAAAAUUGUCUGGUUGCUAUACAUACAAGGAGCAAACGUAUCACGAGAUCUUAUCCCUAUUCCUUAUUUGGUUGAAAUGGUAAUCGGUACCGUCGCAAUUCUAGCACGACAAUGCCAUGUCUCUUUACAGCAACGCAAACAGAUGUCUAGAUGCAGGGAUAUUGGCACCAUAUUUGGUUUUCAACUAUUGUUUGCUUACAUAGCCUUCUUUUGGGUGUUUACCUUCACUCUGCUGUACCACGCCGGUUUCUACAAAAACCCGACCAGUUUCCACACGCACUACUGGAUGGUUUGUCUUCUUCCAGUGUGGAGCAUUGCAGCUCUUGCAAUUGUGUAUAAAAUCUCUAGUGUUUUCUUGCUUGGUUUGAAAGUUUGCUUAGACGCUCCACCCAAGAGCUCAAUAUACUAUCUCAAACAAGUUUUCUGUAUGAUUCCAGACCUCUGUCUGAUUGUCGGAUACGUUUCUUGUGCUUUUGUUCUCACCGUUCAAGCUGACGGUCUAACUGAUGGCAGCACCUUGCAGACGCCAGACAUCAUUACGCCAGUCGUCGUUACUGAAUGCUCAUGUUUGGGGUUCGUUAUACUCGCUGGAGCAUUCACAAUGUAUUCUACAAAAUCAACCAAAAAUGAACGACUCGUCAAUUCGAUGAUAUCGGACAAUUGUGAGACUGAGGCUCUUAUUGAUACACCAGCAUCGUUAUCAGAAGUUGACAACGCAACGGGAACUUCGUCGUACGAGGUUGAGAGUUUUUCUGAGCCGUCGGAGCAAUUGCAGAGUCCGAGUCGCGAUGAAAAGACGGACAGCUUGGCAAGUCAGUAUGUCAAUGUCCCGGAAUUGCGAUUACAAGAUGGCACUAGAGUUGCCUUUGUGGAGCUGCAGUCACACGGUACUAUGUAAGUUGUAUUGUACAACUGAUGAGUAGACUACAGCAGAUCGCGCCUACUGGUAUAUUAGAACACAAUACCGUGCUAAUAAUCAGGUUCUCUGUUUGCACUCUAUGACGUAUAGACCUGUAUAGACCUGAAAAGGUCUUAGUGUUAGUGUCUCUAGA